ACAUUUUACAUGGCUUCCACAAAGGCACUUUGUCUAGACAAAAAAAUCGUGGAUUUGGGGGCCUGUUUGUCUACCCCCUUGACAAAAAUUUCCGCUCCAGAGGCCAGGAAUGUCUGGGUCAAGACAUUCCCCCGCAAACAAGAUACGACCCCUGGUGUCUCCGUGCUUCAUCCAGCCGAAGGUGGCGCUGGAGGUGGUGCCCGGCAUUGUGCCCUGCCCCGACCCCAACACCCGCGCCUUCUACGACCAGCUGCACCCCAGCACCCGCUUCCACGCCGCCAUCGGCCUGACCGGCGUGCUGCCCAGCCUGCGGCUGGCAGGGCUGCUGCCCGCCUAGCUAGCUAGCCUCGCUCCCAACUAAAUGGAUAUGGCGGAGUAGCGGCGGGUGAACCUGGGGGCUGGGGCGGCAGCCGGUCAUAGAACACGUGGAGUCAAAGGCCAUGGGCCCAUGGCCGACUGCCCUUCAGGGUGUGAAAUUAAAAUACGUGCUCAGGGCUGCGAUGGGCGUGUGUUCAGUGCUGCAACAAGAUGGGCUGCGGCGGGAGCAAGCCUUGAUUGGUCCCGCCGCAAGCAAGCGUGGCGACCCCGUGAGCUGUGCACAGACUGAUUCAGAUACCAUUAUGUCGUCAAACAUAGGGGAGUGCAGAGGAGGCCAGGGUUGCGGAACAGGAUUCGGGAUGCCGAGAGGGGCGCAACGGAAGGCCUCUAAAACUCUCGAUGGCUUGUCACCUUUUGACCAUGGUGGCGCUGUGGUGGCCUUGACCAUACAGAGGCUCUGUGUGUAUGUGAGACAUUGUAAGGGUCUGGAUUC